GGAUUUACUUUCAUCGCUGAUAUAAUGAAGACAUAAAACAUACUUUUUUACCACUACUUGGUCAAUUUUACUAUAUUUCAAAUAUACGUCAUUGCAGUGGAUACGGCCCAUAUUUGACUACUGGUAUAGUCAAUAAUUACUAUAGAGGUGAAUGUCUGAUUGAACUUUUUAUUCACCUAAAAUAAUAACACAUACUGCAAGCCUAACUCAAACGAGAAAAAAAUUGACAUUGCAGAUCUCGGAGUAAUUAACAAUGGAGCCGCCAUUAACAGGCGUUCCCCUCUGUCAAAAAUAGGCGGCCAAUGGUCAACCUGACACGACUGACUGACUGGACUGUCGUUUAUCUGACAUGACGUACCUAUACAUUUGAUGUGCCCCUCCCCCGCAAAAAACGGCAGACUAUUUUGUACCGAAAAUUUUAGACAUGGCGUCUCCGUUGGUUAUAUCCUCCAAGUUGCAGAUAAUGAACGAACGAAACAAAAUGUCAUGAAUGGAAAUGUCAUUUCAUUGUCAAUCGUUGGAUUACUUUGAGAAAAUUAAGCCGUGAAUUUGUAACUAUAUAAAGAGUUUAAAGAUACAUGCCGUUGCUUUUUAUGUUUAAAUAGUAAAAAUAACCGUAUUAGUUGACAAUGGAGACCUCAGCGUAUGAGAAAGUGAACGUAAAGACCGAGCCCGCAAGCGACAAUGUAUGCGUAAUAGAUCCGUCGUGUUCAGAUAUUCUUAUUAAGUCCGAACCUACAUAUGAUAUAGAAGUAAAGCCUUCAUUGAAUGUGUCUAUAGAAAGUAUAAAAAACGAACGCGUAAAAGACGCUUCGUGGUAUAAUGUGUGUGUUGUAAAAGAUGAGCCAUCUUCCUUAAAUGUGGUAAAAGUCGAACCCAUAGAUGUGUUUAUGAAGGAACGAUCAGAUGACAGUCAUAUGGAAAAGCCAUCCUUGACUGUAGAAGUAGAAACCUCAUGCUCAGGUGUGGGUGUAAAUGGCUGUGAGAAAACGGAGGGUAUACAAGCCGGGCUGUACGGACAUGCUGUCAAACACGAGCUGAUGCUUGGCUCUGAGCUAAUGGAGCAGCAAGUCUGUGCAGCUACAGGGCAAACACAGCAGGAGGAACAAAGCGACACACAAGAGACUUACCGAUGUGGCCAUUCCAGUUACACAACGCUCAAAAAGAACGCUCUAGCUAUACACGCAAGGAAACACAACAGUGAGAACCUUUACCGCUGCGAGCACUGCAACUACACAUCCAAGAAGAGAAACCAUCUCGAAAGUCAUUUAAAAAUGCACUCUGACGAAAAACCAUUCAAAUGUGGUCAAUGUAGUUUUUCAACUAAACGGAAACCUAGCUUAAAAGUCCAUGAGUUAAUACAUUCUGAAGAAAAACCAUUGAAAUGUGAUCAAUGCAGUUUUUCUACUAACCGAAAACCUAAUUUACGAGUUCAUCUAUUAACACAUUCUACAGAAAAGCCGUUCAAAUGCGACCAAUGCAGUUAUGCUUGUGUAGAAAAAACAAAGUUAAAUCGUCAUAAAAAAACACAUUCUGGUGUAAAACCGUACAAAUGUAGCCAAUGUAGUUAUGCUAGUAUUAAAAAAGACAAUUUACUAUGUCAUGAAAUGAAGCACACGGGUGAGAAGCCUCAUAAGUGUAACUAUUGUAGUUUUGCUAGUAUCAGAUUAUCUGAUUUAAAAACCCACGAAAGAAAACACACUGGUGAAAAACCGUACAAAUGUCGACAGUGUAAUUAUGCCUGUGCACAAAUAAGUAGUUUAAGGUCUCACGAAAGAAUACAUAGUGGAGAAAAACCAUUUAAAUGUGCUUAUUGUAGUUUUACUAGCAGACAACAAGGUGAACUACGAAUUCAUGAGAUGAAACAUACUGGUGAAAAACCAUACAAAUGCGAGCAAUGUAGUUGUGCGUAUAGAAAAGUGUGUCAAUUAAAAGUCCAUAUAAAAACACAUACUGGAGACAAGCCCUACAAAUGUGGUCAUUGUAGCUAUGCUUCUAGCAAAUUAGUAAACGUGCAACGCCACGAAAUGAAACACAGCGGGAAGAAACCAUACAAGUGUGAGCAAUGUAGUUUUACUAGUGAAGAGAAAAAUAAGUUAACACUUCAUGUUAGAAAACAUACUGGAGAAAAGCCGUUCAAAUGUGAUCAAUGUAGUUACACAGCUGCCCGGAAGAUUAACUUAGUUCAACAUGAAAAGAUACACACCAAUUAGAAUAUUGUAUUUCUUUAUUUAAUAAUAUAAAACAAGUAAGUACAUAUUUUAUGACAUAACUCGUAAUGAAACAGGUGAUAUAAUUGUAUAAUCAGUAUAAUCACAGAGAGAUUAAUAUGUAGAAUUGUAUAAUAUUAGGAUGUAUAUUCACAUGAAAAUAAUACUAACAACACUAUUAGCACGUAAGGUUUAUGUGUUAGUGCUGGUAUGUAUAAAAACCGGUCAAGUGCGAGUCGGACUUCGUGUUCCAAGGGUUUCGUACAUUUACCCAAUUUUUAACAAAGUAUUUUUUAUGCUUUACAAAACCCGUAGGGAUCGGAUCAAAAACUAAGUAAUUAAGUCCGACUCACGAUUGACUGCAAAUUUCUAAUAGGUUCUCCUGUCAUAUGUAGGUAAAGAACUUUUAUGUAUUUUUCAAAAUUUUAAUCCCAUUAGUUACGGAGAUAAAAAGGGGGGGGGGGGGAUGGUCGGACAGACAGACGAGCGAUCCUAUGGGCUCCGUUUUUUCCUUUUGAGGACUUUGAGGUACAGAACCCUAAAAAAAACAACAAUACAAUUUAAUAAUCAUAAUUAUUAUAUGCAAUGCAUGACAUACAAAUUACGCAAUCCUACAAGUGUUAAUAUAUAAUUUUUUUAGUAUAUUCUCCAAUAGUUUAAGAAUUAAGAAAUCAAGAAUAAUUGUUAUCACUUAUUGUCUGUCAAAAUGUAACCGUAACUAUAAAUAACUUAUUAGUAAUAAGUAAUACGAAAAAUAAAUUAAUUUAUUAUA